AUGGCUGCUUGUUUGCAAACAUUGCAGGAUCAAGGUGUUAUUAAGCGUACCUGUGUUCUUUGUUGUCAUCCAUGCGAAAUUGAAUGCUUUGGUUCAUGCAAUCAUCCUGUCUGUUAUAAAUGUAUGACUAAAUUAAGGAUACUAUGUCAAGAUAAUUAUUGCCCUGUUUGCAGAUCAUGCUUGGAAAAGGUGGUAUAUACAGACAGAGUCCAACCUUUUGAAGAAUUGGAUAUCAAUUCGAUGCACCAGUGUAAAACACUACCAGGAUUGUACUUUGUAUCAUCAGAGAGUUUAUAUUUAUGUCAACAACUCCUGGUUCAUCGUUGUCAAAUAUGUAUUACAAAACCAACCUUUAAGAAUUUUAACAACUUUCUAGGCCAUAUGAAAGAUACACAUAAAAGAUACUUCUGUUACCUUUGCAUUAAACACCUAAAACUAUUUACACAUGAACGGCGACCGUAUAGCAAACCAGAUUUAAAUAUCCAUUUGAAAAGAGGCGAUAGUGAUAAUAAAUCUUACAAAGGACAUCCUGUAUGUAAAUUUUGUAAAAAGCAUUACUUUGACGAUGAUGAUCUUUAUCUUCACUUGCACAACGAUCAUUUUAGUUGUCAUUUUUGCCCAGCUGAUGAAUACUAUGACAAUUAUGAGUCUUUAAGGGCGCACUUUAAAAGCAACCAUUUUUUAUGUGAAUAUGACGCUUGUGCAGAUGAAAAAUUUGUUAACGCAUUCUCUACUGAUAUCGAUUAUAAAGCACAUUUGGCUCUGAAGCAUAAACAUCUUUUAAAUCGUGCAGAAGAACGCAGAAUUAGGCAUAUCGAUAUCGAUUUAACGUACUCCAGAAGCAAUGAUAGUAGGACAACUGGUAAAAAUCGCAGAGGCGACACUUAUGAUAGGUAA